AGGUGCAUGAAGAUUGGAUUGCCAAAAUGCUGUUAAUGCUGAACUAUAAAGAAGGUGAGAUGCCUUUUAAUUAUUUGGGCAUCCCGUGGGUGGGAAUCAUAGGAGUAUAGCUAUGUGGAGGCCACUGGUGGAAUCAUUUCAGAAGAAAUUAUUAGCUUGGAAAAGUUGGUAUCUCUCCUUUGGUGGUCGAGUGAUCCUUCUCAACCCUGUGCUGUCUAGCCUGCCGGUGUUUGUCAUGUCUGUCUUCCUCUUGCCAAAAGGUUUGAUUUCUUCUCUUGAUAAAAUACGAAGGGCCUUUUUAUGGGGGUGGAAUGAUGCAAGUAAGAAGAUUAAUUGGGUUAGAUGGGAGGUGGUAAGUCGAAAUAGGCUACAGGGAGGACUUGGGGUUAAGGACAUUAGGAAAUUCAACUUGUCACUGUUAGGGAAAUGGUGGGGAAGAAUGGCGAGUGGUGAGGAGAGUUUGAUGUGCAGAAUCAUAAAGGAAAAAUAUGGUAAGGAAAGAAGAAAUUGGGCUGAGUGGAUGCAGAAACGAAAGAAUGUAGGGUCACUAUGGUGGCAGGACUUAUUUAGGAUAGAUGAUUUGGAUGUCAGCCAUAGUGGGUGGUUAAUGGGUGGUUUUAGAUUGGUGAUUCCCCAGAUUAUUUUUGAUGUCUGCAGAAAAGGAUUCAAGUGUGCAUCAACUUGGAAAAUGGAUCCAUGGCUCAUGGCAAUUGACACUACAAUGGCAUCGUCCCUUACUCUCAUGGGAGGAGAACCACUGGUCAGAGCUCAAGCAAUUAUUGGAAUCAACAACUAUGGUAAAAAUAAAGAUGAUUGUUAGUUAUGGAAGCAUGAAAAGAGUGGAAGGUAUUGCAUUUUAUCAGCAUAGCAUGGAGAUGGAAUGGAGGAAACUCAAAAAAGGGUCUGGAAUAAACUGAUCCCUGCAAA